AGAGAACCCCCGGGGCUCCACAGACUGCUCUGGACGCUAGAGAGGGGAAGGCUAAUAGGGAACCUCCUCAUGUUCACCCUUUCUGGAGCUUAACUGAUGUUUUGAACUUCUCCAGAGCAUGUGAGAGCUGGAGACAGAGAAGGAGGAUUGCUGCAGGACGUGUGGGACUAGCAGUUGGAGAUCAUGUCUUUACCAGAUUCUGAUGAUGACAGAGCCUUCAAAGACUUGAAUGUUGUGGGAAUGCUUCAUCAGUUUUGGGAGCAGAAACAAGUGAAAGGCAUGAUGAUGGAGACAGACAAUCUAGUCUAUGAGUCCAUUCCCUCACCCGGCCCUCCCUUCAUAUGCUACGUCACCUUACCAGGUGGCAGCUGCUUCGGAAAUUUUAAGUACUGCUACAGUAAAGCAGAGGCCAGACGUGACGCAGCUCGUAUCGCUCUGAUGAACUCCACAUUUAAUGAGUUGCCCUGCCGCCGUAUCACUCCUGAGUUCAUAUCACGCAGCGUGAAAGAAGCCGUCAGCACCACCAGCGGUAACAUUGCAGAUGCGUCUGACCCUGGUACCAGUAUAGGAGCGUACUGUCUCAUGCUGGAGCUGAACACUGGGAAAACCAUGCUGGAAUUUCAGGAAAUAAUGACAGUUUUUCAACUUUUGCACUGGAACGGCACUCUGAAGGCUUUUCGGGAGAUGAGAUGUAGCCGUCAGGACGUGAUCCACUACUACUCCCAGCAGCAUCUGGAUGAGCGUACACGCAGCCAUAUGGCACUGGACUGGUUACAGAAGGAGCAGCAGUCCUCCGGCUUGCUCUCCCAGGAGCUGCAGCUGGCCAUGAAGGAGCUGGGAGAAGCCCGGCGAACAGGCAGGGAACUCCGCUUCUACAAGGAGAAGAAAGAAAUCCUGAGCUUAGCUCUCAGUCACGCUAAUGCUGAAGAUCUGGAGAGCUACCAGAGUGAGGCGAUGUCCUGGAGAGAAGAGACUGAGUUUGAGUACACUCAGGAGGGACACUGUCCGGAGGGGCGUAUGACCGAUCCUUCAGAGCACUGCCAGUUUCACUCCCAGGAGAGUGAUAGAGAAUCAGCGGAGUGAGCUCUGUGAGACAAGAUGUAUAUACUGUACAUAAUGGUCUUUUAUAUAUA